GGCGCUUUUGUCCGAUUGGUCGCCUCGACUCCACGCCGCUAUGUAGGCCAUUUGCUACUAUCAUAACAUGGCGGCUUCGGAAGGCGAUCAUCGCGUACACAAGUCUCCGGCUGCUGCGCAAAGACCACCUCAUCUCAAGGCACUAGAGGGUUUAACCUUCUCUGAAAGCAUGUCGAGGCGACCCCCUCGCCUUCGAAGGCGUUCAAUUUCGGUGUCUUCCACAGACAGUUAUGGAAGCUCAGCUAGCUACUCGGACAGCUAUUCAUCAGAUGAAGACGAUGUAUCUCCUAGGGAAAGAUCUCAGAAAAACAGCAGCGGUGGAUCUGAUUUUUGUGUUAAGAAUAUUAAGCUGGCUGACUUUGGUCGCAGGGAAAUUGAAAUCGCUGAACAAGAAAUGCCAGGUCUUAUGCUCCUGAGAAAACGGAAUUGCACAGACAAGCCACUAGAUGGAGCUAAAAUUGUUGGUUGCACACAUGUAACUGCGCAGGCCGCAGUUUUGAUAGAAACCCUGACUGCCCUUGGUGCCCAGGUUCGCUGGUGUGCAUGCAACAUUUACUCCACACAGAAUGAGGUUGCUGCAGCCUUGGCUGAAGCAGGUUAUGCCAUCUUUGCCUGGAAGGGAGAAUCUGAGGAAGAUUUUUGGUGGUGCAUCGAGCAGUGUAUCACGGCAGACAAAUGGCAACCAAACAUGGUACUGGAUGAUGGCGGUGAUGCAACUCAUCUUUUGUACAAGAAAUUCAAUGGCACUUUUAACACCCUGCGUGGAGUAGUGGAAGAGAGUGUUACUGGGGUUCACAGGUUGUACCAGCUUUCUAAGCAAGGAAAACUAACAGUGGCGGCAAUGAAUGUUAAUGACUCAGUCACCAAAACGAAGUUUGACAACAUGUACUGCUGUAGAGAAUCAAUCUUAGAUAGUUUAAAGAGAACCACAGAUGUAAUGUUUGGUGGCAAACAGGUUCUUGUGUGUGGAUAUGGUGAGGUUGGUAAGGGUUGCUGCUCAGCUCUCAAAGGUCUUGGUGCUGUAGUGUAUGUUGCAGAAAUUGAUCCCAUCUGUGGUCUGCAAGCGUGCAUGGAUGGAUUCCGAGUUGUCAAGAUUGACAUGGUGGUGAAGAAUAUUGACAUCCUUAUCACUUGCACAGGCAACAAGCAUGUUGUUACAAGAGAUCAUCUGGACAGAAUGAAGAAUGGCUGUAUUGUUUGCAACAUGGGGCAUUCAAAUACAGAAAUUGAUGUGGCUAGCUUAAGAACUUCUGAUCUGACGUGGGAGAAGGUCAGAACCCAAGUAGAUCAUAUUAUCUGGCCGGAUGGCAAGAGAAUUGUGUUGCUGGCAGAGGGUCGCCUCGUCAAUUUGAGUUGCUCUAGUGUUCCUUCAUUUGUGGUGUCAAUUACAUCAACGACACAAGCCAUAGCAUUAAUUGAACUUUUCAAGGCACCUCCUGGUAGAUAUAAACAUGAUGUCUAUCUUCUGCCGAAGAAGAUGGAUGAGUAUGUAGCAAUGUUGCACUUGCCAACAUUUGAUGGCCAUUUGACAGAGCUGACAGAAGAACAAGCAAAAUAUCUUGGAGUCAACAAGAAUGGCCCUUUCAAGCCCAAUUAUUACAGAUACUAAUGGCCAGGAACUGGAAUCCACAACAGCCAUGGUUAAAUUUCUUGUAAAUUCAGUGAACAUUUUUAAAAAUUGCUAUUUAUGAAAGACAGCAGUAUUUUGCCACUUUUGGUCCAACCCUAGUCUGCCCUACCUCUGCAAAUAAUGCUGUAGUUCAAAAUGAAAAACUAGAUGUAGAGUUUCUUGGAAUAUAGAUCUUUCUAAAUCACAACACUCUUUCCUAACCCUUUGAAAACCUGUGCACAAACUGUUUAGGUUUGUCUAAUGCCCUGUAUAAUGUAAUGGUAAACUCUUUCCAUUUUCAUGGAUCACUCCUCAUAGCACACCAUUUUUAAAGAGGCAUGUGAUAUUUUGCCUUGUGUAUUUUUCUGGAUAAAAGCUUCAUGCAUGUGGGGCUGUGUCACAUUCUCAUCAUAUGCACAUACAUGUAGGAAAAAAUUAAUUUGGUUGGUCAGACAGACAGCCAACUAUUGGCUGUUGUGCACAUGGCUUGAUUUUGUUCACAAUAAAUCAUAAGAAGUUAUAUUUUGUAUAAGAGAGGUGUUAAUUUGUUGCUUAUGGCUGCUAAUAUGGUAAUCGUGUAGGAUCUAUCUGCCAACUGUUUGUUGAGUGAAGUUGGUUUGUUUGAGAGUUGUUUUAAUAUUGCUACUUAAACCUGACAGAGGGUGUUGAUACAAAGUGCAAAAAAUAGGAGAAGUUGUUAUUCGUACCUCUGGUGCUCAUAAUGGGUUCUGUAAAUUAAGGUGACAGCUCUAAUAAUGUCAUGAAAGAAUAGGAAAUAUUUCAAGAGCAGAACAAUGACUGGAACAGCCAUUUGAAAACUUUGUUCAUUUCAUAGCCAUUGCUAUGAAAUGUAGUUACUCUGUUUACAGAAACCCUGGUGAUAAACUCAAAGCUGUCUUUACAUUUUUAAAACCUUAACGGAAUGUUUAGCACUGUUACAGAAAGGAGACACAUUAAGCAUCUUGUAAAAUUCUUUAAAAUAAUGUUAUUUCUUUUUUCGAGCUGGCGAAGCUGUCUAGGCAUUGCCAUAGCAACAGCUCAAACUCCCUUAUUAUACCACUUAAGUUAGGUUUUCUUUACAUUUAUUUAAAAUUUUAAAGAGGCAGUGACCAGAGUAUUUUGCCAAGCAACAGUUGGUAGAUAGGUCUCACUAGACAGUGAGGAUCAUUUCUCGCAAUAACCAGAUGUCCAUGUAUUAAAGACAUAAUUACUUCCUAAUCAUGAUUAAUGAGUCCUUAAACCAGGCAAUGGUUAAUAAUUUUUAAGCAGGUUUCCAAAGUAAGUGCAAAGCAUGUCAUCGAUAAUUAAAUAAAUGGAAAAGCUGCCUGUUUACCGAGUCAAUUAAAUAAUAAGUUUGCUAAAAAAUUUUCUCAGAUGAAGAAGUUAUUUAAACACACGUGUACUGUCAUCUGUGGUUUUUUUGGUUUGUUUUUAUACCCCAUACUCCCAUGUCUUCAGCUGUUGUAUGAUAUCAGUGUAAGUGUGUUGAUGACAAUGUAAGUGGGUGGCAUUCAAUAAAAUUGUGCCAUUUCA